AUGGAGACCAUCCACGAAUCAAAACAGAAGACGGCUGGCACGUCCGGCGGGUUAUCGGAGGCCGCCCUGUUCUCAGUCAGGCCAAAUCAGUGGACGACCGACAUCGUCGUGUCCGCUGCCAUGGACGGCUUGACUGGGAGGUCUUCGUCACUGAAGACGCCACUGGGGAAGAAAACCAGUUUCCGAGUGCGUGAGUGGGCUAAGCGGUCGAAUUCCAGUCGAACGGCCGCCACGCCGGCGAUGACUCCCUCCGAGACACUAAAAUCACACAUCAAGCACCUCGGAGGCGGGCGCCUUGAGAAAGUACAAGUCCAAGGAACAGCCAAUAACACCACCCUCCUGGCACCACCACCAAUGCGAACCCUGCGGCACCGGGCGAGCUCCAUCGAGAGCCGAUCUACGCAGUGGCUUGACUUCUACACGGGGUCACCCGAUCCCAACAAACCCCAAAGCCAACCCCUCCCCAAGCAGCCCGCUUGCACGGAUGCCCCACGCCAACGCCCGCGGGCCGGGUCCAACUCGAGCCUCCGCCCGGCACCACUCCGGGUACCUUCCUCCGAGAGACAAAACAACCCCAGCGGGCCGAGCCGUGCCGCCGCCAGCACACCACCGCCAGCAGCACCAAACCAAAACCCACUAGAGCGGAAGAACUCCAAAUGGAAGCCUCUCCCCAACCUCCCAAAACAACCGGCCGGGACACGCCCAACGAACGAGCCCGUAACACCCCCCAACAAACAACAAGACUCCGACCCAGCCUACCCAGCAUUCCUACCCGUCUUCCGCUUCGACAGCCCCCCGCCCACACCAGACAGCAGCACGGGCAUCGCCGCCAUCGCCAAAACAUACGCAGACAAAGAGGAACAAACACCAACACCAGAGAAGACGACACCGCCUCCCGCCGCGCGACCCCUUAUGUUCAACCGCCCCCUCCAGCCCCAACCCCAACCUAAAUCUGACCCCGGACCCGCACCUGCACCUAUCCCCGAACCGAAAAGAGAAGCACCUAUCCCCGAACCGAAAAGAGAAGCACCUAUCCCUGAACCGAAAAGAGAAGAGCGGGCGCGUCACCCAACCCCCAAGGCCUAUGAGGCGGAGGUGCUGCUGCCGCCGCGGCAUACGCGCCAGGAGCGGAUCUGGCUGCAUGUGAAUUACCGGGGGGAGGCACCGUUUCUGCAGGCGUGGGGGCUGGAUAUUGGGACGGUGGCGGAUCGGGUGGAGGGGAUGGGGCCCAAGUCGUUUUGGGAUUAA